AGGCGGCCCUGCUUCAUUUGCAGACGCUCACAUUUUUACACGGUGUCCCGCCUACAAGGCGUGGAAAUGUGUCUGCUUUGCAAAAGUACUUCACCGGAGAGAAGAGAAGAGCAGAGAAGAGAGGGGGGAUACUGAGAGCAUCAUCGAUGGCCCAGUCACAGGGUGAGUAACACCGAGCAUCGACAUUAUUAUCAGCUAAAUAAAAAAACACAGAGCCGAUCAGAGUAAAGCAGAGAGCAUCAGGACAUGAUCCGAGCCGAGAGAGAGACAGACAGGCUGCAUCAUGACCGCAAUGGAGGAGCAGCAGGCUGGGAUGACUGAAUCACAUUAGCCGCCUUCUGAGGAGGAACAGAGAGCGAGUUUCGCAGAGGAGCUGACACAGUGGUUUGUACUGCAGAGCUGCGAGAGUGAUUGACCCCCGCAACGCGUCUCCAUUAGCGUCCUACGAUAAGACAGCCAUGCCGCCCCCAGCUGACAUCGUGAAGGUGGCUAUUGAAUGGCCUGGUGCUAACGCUCAGCUUAUAGAGAUGGACCAGAAAAGACCUCUGUCCUCGAUAAUACGCGAAGUAUGCGACGGCUGGUCUCUGUCAGGCUCAGAGCAGUUUGCUCUGCGUUAUGCCGACGGCCCGCAGCUUUACAUCACGGAGCAGAGCCGCGGUGAAAUCAAGAACGGGACCAUCCUUCGAUUAGCCAUUUCACCCGCUCGUGCUGCUCGUCAGCUCCUGGAGAGGAUCCAGUCUCAUGGCAUCGACGCUCGUCUGGAGGCUCUGAAAGAGCUCGCCAAGCUGUCUGCAGACCCAACCUUCGCCACAGAGUUCAUCAACAUGGAGGGCAUUGGGACGCUGGCACGUCUGGUGGAGAGUGGCACCCACUUCGGAGAAAUGCUGGCCUUCACUCUCACUGCCUUCCUGGAGCUAAUGGAUCAUGGCAUCGUGUCCUGGGACCUCAUCUCCCUCUCCUUCAUCAAACAGAUCGCAGGCUACGUCAACCAGCCGAUGGUGGAUGUGUCCAUCCUGCAGCGCUCCCUAGCCAUCCUCGAGAGCAUGGUCCUCAACAGCCACAGCCUCUACCACCGAGUGGCCCAGGAGAUCACCGUGGGACAGCUCAUCGGGCACCUGCAAGUGUCAAACCAGGAGAUUCAAACCUACGCCAUCGCCCUCAUCAAUGCUCUUUUCCUGAAGGCACCAGAGGAUAGACGGCAGGAGGAGUAUACUAACCCGCUGGAGCAGCACCUCACUGAAAUGGCAAGCACUUUGGCUCAGAAACACUUGCGAUCCAUCAUCCUCAAUCAUGUUAUCAGAGGAAAUCGACCAAUCAAAGCAGAAAUGGCACAUCAGCUUUAUGUGCUGCAGGUACUGACCUUCAACCUUUUGGAAGAACGAAUGAUGACCAAAAUGGAUCCUAAUGACCAGGCUCAGAGAGACAUCAUUUUCGAGCUGCGUAGGAUCGCUUUCGAUGGCGAAAAUGACCCCACCGGCACAGAAAAGAGAAAGGCCAUGUACACCAAGGACUAUAAGAUGCUGGGCUUCACUAACCAUGUAAAUCCGGCCAUGGACUUCACCCAGACUCCUCCCGGGAUGCUGGCUUUGGACAACAUGUUGUAUCUCGCCAAGGUUCACCAGGACACGUACAUCAGGAUUGUCCUGGAGAACAGCAGCCGCGAGGACAAACACGAAUGUCCCUUUGGCCGGUGUGCGAUCGAACUCACUCGAAUGUUGUGCGAGAUACUCCAGGUCGGAGAAUUGCCUAAUGAGGGCUGCAAUGACUAUCACCCCAUGUUCUUCACGCAUGAUCGGGCAUGGGAGGAGUUCUUCUGUGUCUGCAUCCAGCUGCUUAAUAAAACCUGGAAGGAGAUGAGGGCCACAGCUGAGGACUUCAAUAAGGUGAUGCAGGUAGUCCGUGAGCAGAUCACCAGGGCCCUGGCGAUGAAGCCGUCUUCUUUAGACCAGCUGAAGAACAAACUGCGAGGCCUCAACUAUUCCGAGAUUCUGCGUCUGCGGCAGUCAGAGCGAAUGAGCCAGGAUGACUUCCAGUCUCCACCUAUCAUCGAGCUGCGGGAGAGAAUUCAGCCCGAGAUCUUAGAGCUCAUCAAGCAGCAGCGACUGAACCGGCUGUGCGAGGGGAGCUGCUUCCGUAAACUGGGGAACCGCCGAAGGCAAGAGAAGUUUUGGUUCUGCAGACUCUCGCUGAAUCACAAAGUGCUGCACUAUGGGGACCUUGAUGAGUCACCUCAGGGUGAAGUGCCUUUCGAGCUACUCAGUGACAAGAUCCCCGUUUCUGAUAUCAAAUCUGUGGUGACUGGGAAAGACUGUCCUCAUAUGAAAGAAAAAAGUGCUCUGAAACAAAACAAGGAGGUGCUGGAGUUAGCCUUCUCUGUCCUCUACGAUCCCGACGAGACACUUAAUUUUGUCGCGCCCAACAAGUAUGAGUAUUGCAUCUGGACCGACGGGUUGUGCGCGCUGCUGGGGAGAGAGAUGGGCAGCGACCUGACACGCAGUGACCUAGAUACUCUCAUCAGCAUGGAGAUGAAGCUCCGCCUCCUCGACCUUGAGAACAUCACAAUCCCAGAAGCCCCGCCCCCCGUACCGAAGGAGCCUAGCUCGUAUAACUUCACCUACAAUUACAGCUGAGAUGUGUGUGUGCGGCGUAGGCGUAUGCGUGCGUGUGCGUGUGUGUGUUUGCUAUGCAUGUGUGUGUUGGUCAAGGAUGAGUAUUCUCGAACCUUUUUGAUGAAUUUAGCUGCAGAUGUGCGCACCAGAAAGUUUUUUUUUAUUUUGCUUUUUCAGACCCCUGGAGACUUCUCUCCAUCUGUUUGUGAUGCUGCACGGUUUGUCAGAUAGGAGAAAUGUGUUCACAGCUCCGCAGCGAGUUCAGAGGUCAG